GUCGACGUAAAUCAGGGUUGAACAUUUUAGGAUCCAGUUGGCCAUUGUGAACUCUCGCGGGAAAAACGUCCCGGUAUAAUCGUGUUCAAACGUACCUCGAUUAAAUACAGGGGUUGCACUUUCGAGUGCCUCACCGUGGACGCCAACGCGGUAUGCGGUUACGUGUUUUCGUCCUAGCCUGUCUCCUAAUCAAGGGGCUGGCUCGAACAGAAGAGGUGGAAGUGGUCGAGGCGAUUCCAGGCGAGGAAAAGAGGAACGAAAAUUCUCCGUUAAAUCGGCAGGACAACGACAUCAAUAGUUCCGACCAGUUAGUUUUGGAUUCCUUGGGUGAAAAGGAUGGGGCAGGAAGUCAUUACAAAUCUGGGAGUCUCCGAGGUAAUCCACUGCCACCAGGUCGAGGUGGGAUCGGCAUGCCUCAUCCGAGACCUCAUCACAAUGUCGCUUAUCAUGGUCCUCCACCGCCUUUGCCAGCUCAUAAGACGCAACCCGAGGCCAUGGAUAAGAUCUAUACGACUGGUGGAGGUGGCGUCAGUACUGCGGUAGGUGCUGAACCAUGGCCUGCACCGACCCCAGACAUGCCGAUGAUCGUAUCGCUCGACGUAAAGUGCGAGAAAAGUUUAAUGAAGGUUUAUCUUGGAUUUGACAAGCCAUUUUAUGGUAUAGUCUUUAGCAAGGGACAUUACAGUAAUGUCAAUUGUGUUCAUUUACCAGCCGGGCUUGGUCGUACAUCAGUAAACUUUGAAAUAAGCGUACACGCUUGUGGUACUGCUGGCAAUACGGAGAAUGGUCUUUAUGGAUAUGGAGCUGGAUCGGGGACCUACUUCGAAAACAUCAUUGUCAUACAAUACGAUCCGCAGGUGCAAGAAGUCUGGGACCAAGCUCGCAAGUUACGAUGCACUUGGCACGAUCUCUAUGAGAAAUCAGUUACCUUCCGACCUUUUCCCGUUGACAUGUUGGACGUCGUUCGCGCGGAUUUUGCCGGGGACAAUGUUGGUUGUUGGAUGCAGAUACAGGUUGGUAAAGGUCCAUGGGCUUCCGAAGUUUCUGGUUUGGUUAAAAUUGGACAAACUAUGACGAUGGUUUUGGCGAUCAAGGAUGACGAUUCGAAGUUUGACAUGCUUGUAAGAAACUGCAUGGCUCACGAUGGCAAACGAGCACCGAUACAGCUCGUUGAUCAGAGAGGUUGCAUCACGAGACCUAAAUUAAUGUCGAGAUUCACUAAGAUCAAGAACUUUGGUGCUUCGGCUUCUGUAUUAUCUUACGCCCAUUUCCAAGCAUUCAAGUUUCCAGAUUCCAUGGAGGUACACUUUCAGUGUACAAUACAGAUAUGCAGAUAUCACUGUCCAGAACAGUGUUCGGAAUCCUCUCCAUUACUCGAACCACAAGGACCUGGCUUAUUUGAGAAUCAUCAUCAUCAUCAAUCUAAUGGACCACCUGAUGCUGGUUAUGGUUUACCACCUCCUCUGCCAAUACAUUUGGAAGCUUACUUGCAAGCAGCUGCUGGUAGACCGAGAGAUGAAAGACGAAGAAAAUCUCGAGAGAUCGUAGCAACUCCGGAAAAAUCUGUUGGAGUCAAUAGAAUCAUCAGAGUCGUAUCUACCGGUGAUUUAACAUUUUCCAUCGAUGAGAAUAACAACGGAGAUAUGAACGGACCAACUAUGGUGUUUCCACAAAAAACUGAGACUCCUACUGCUGGUUCAACAAUGAUUUGCAUGACUACACCUGGCUUUGCGGUGACAUUAGUAGUUCUACUUGCAGUUUUACUUUGCUCUUGCAUAUUAUCAACUUAUCUCUGUAUACGUCUAAGACCAUUCUCGAUAAAAUCACGAAAAUCUGUGUCCUAUUGCAGCAGAGAACAAAAUGGUGCACCGAAAAAAUCCUCGAGGAUGUGUUUCUACUCUUAG